UCUAUGAUAGGUAGUCAGAUACUCAGAUAGUACUAUUAUACAACCUUGUAAACAAGUUGACAACUAUCUUAAAUCGUGGGUUUGUAAUAUCAUAUAUUUUUUUUUUAUCAAACACGAACUCGCGGGCUGACUGCAGAUUGCCUGAUUGCAGAAUCGCAUAGGUGCAAAGGCAAACGAUCUCCCAAGUGCAAACUUUACUGUAGGCUGCGGCAGUGCGGCUACCGCUGCUGCUUGAGGCCAGUUCAUUUUUUUUGCUUUGUUGUUAUUAUUUUUCCGAACGAGAAUAAUAACAAUUUAAUUAUAAUAUCAAACAACGUUAAUUUAACAUUUUAACGUGCGCGAUAAUUUGUGAUAGAGAACUCUACACGACAUUCAUUCGGUGGUUCGACAUGCGGCUCAGAAUUUACGUUAAUUAAAAGCGAAACAACUUGACUCUAUGUAUCCCCAUAUAUAAUAAACACUUACAUUAUUGACAACCAUAUCUGAUACCCGGCUAUCUGCAGUAAUUUAAUAACCCGUACCGGUUGUACAUAAUAUGAUCAAUGUCUUAAAAAUAUCUACUUUAAUAAUCGUCAAUUAUGAUAUAGUCUAAAACGUUUGCAUGUUUAUACGAGCAAAAAAAUAUUUCAACAUAAAAAAAUAGUUUAGUUCAAAAUUCACUAUGUUAUUUUUAGGAGUCAAACAAACAAUUUACAGAGUAAUAUCUAUUAUCAAUUGAUUAAACCAUAGUAUUAUAAAAUAUUUUGUUGUCAAAAAUGGAAUAUUUACUAGCAAAGUUUCGUAAAAAAGAUCCAAUAAAAGAAGUUACUUUUGAAGACCUACAAGCUGUUCUUUUACGUACCCAACCUCCUGCUAAAAAAAAAAAUAUAUCAACAUGUGAUUAUAAUGAAAUUUGUCCAAACAUUUAUGUUGGAGAUUGGAACACCGCAAAAAAUCUUAAUUUAUUGCUGUCACUGGGUAUUACACAUGUAGUAAAUGCAGCUCAAGGCAUUGGGUUUGGUAUGGUUGAUACAAAUGAACAGUUUUAUCGUCCAUUUAAUAUUCAAUACAUGGGAUUAGCUUUGUGUGAUGAUCCUAAUGUUGCAAUAAAUGAAUAUUUUGAUAGCGUAUCAAAUUUUAUAGAUGACGCUCUAUCACAAAAAGGUAAAGUGUUGGUUCAUUGCAUAAUGGGUAUUUCAAGGUCUGCAACAAUUACAAUUGCUUAUUUAAUGAUAAAAAAAGGAUUAAGAGCUAAGGAAGCAGUGGAAAAAGUAAAAAAAGCAAGAGACAUACGACCUAACAAUGGAUUUCUUAAGCAACUAGCUCAACUCGACAAUGACAGAAUACAUAUUAAUAAUAUUUAACAUUGGUGCUGUAAACAUAUUAUGAUAAAAAAAAAUUAUAUUGAACUAUUUUUA